GAAGAAGAAUAUUACAGUUUUAUAAAUAUAUAAAAAUUGGCGUGUUGCAGCAAGUUUGUUAUUUCCUUUGCUUUCUAUAUUUUUCGGUUCAAAAAUGCUUUCAAAUCUGAUAAUUACCAAACAACAUUUUGUGGUUAUUAUCGAUGAAACCGGCCUGGAAAAGAUAUCACAUCGCAUACUCUACCAAUUUCUAGGAGAACAGGAAAAAAACGAAAAAUUAGUAGUGAAAACUCUACCUCUCAGUUCAGAGUUAAAAGAUUGGACGACAUUUACUAAUUUCGCAAAGAAAUGCUCGAAGGAAGAAAAAUGCAAUGUGUUGUUGCCCUCGCUUUCCGAUCUAAUAUGCUAUCAAAGCGUCGCUAAGAUCAUUAAAUUUGUACAUAAACUCCGAAUUUGCGAAAAGGUGCAACGUCUCUUUCUCUGGAUAACACCAGCUAAUCUUACAUAUCCACGUGCAGAAUAUUUGAUAUCAGCUUUCGAAUAUAUGGCUGACUUAUAUGUACACUUAGAAACAUCCAAUAUUUUAACCAUCAUUACGCGUAAGCCAGGUGGUGGUGUCACUAACAAACGAUACACAUACACAAAAACUAAAAAGGAGUUUCUAGUUGAGCCAGUGCAAAACUUAGAUGUGCAGGCCAAAGCUUCACCCCCAAAAACAAGCCCAGCUGGUGGUACUUUCAAAAUUGAAUUAAAUGAAGAUGAAAUGGUUGCACGCAAUACACUUAAGAUGCCUUACGAAAAAACAUCUGAAACAGAAGAAAGCUCAAUUAUAUACACACCCGAUGCUGCAGACGAUUAUGAUGAUGAGGAAGAUCCAGAUGAAGAUCUCUGCAUAUAAACUGUUCCUAAAUUUAUUAUUUAUUAAUUAGCUAAAGAAAGAGUAAGUGUGCUUCAUAUAAGCUACCAAAAAUUAUAAUAGAAUAAACACAAUUUUAUAAUGAAGCAAAUAUUCAGAAAUACAUACAUUUUUUUCUUUAUA